CGCCUCUGCUUUUUUUCUCAGCCUGAAACGAACCCGAGGAUCUCUCUCCGCUUACGUUGGGUCUCUGUCAGUGGACACAGUGAGCAUGCAGGAGUCCGGGGUGUCUUUGCCCGCCAUUACGGCGUCCCGCUGGACCCUACCUGGCUCCCAAAUAGUUUCGCCUGCAGCAGAGCGUCUGCGCCACAUCCUGGGGGAGGAUGACAGCACCCCGACACCCACAAUAUUCACCGAGAUGGACACGCUGCAGCACGAGGGCGGCGAAUUAGAGUGGAAAGAGUCUGCGAGGUGGGUGAAGUUUGAGGAGAAGGUGGAGGAGGGAGGAGAGAGGUGGAGCAAGCCUCACGUGUCCACGCUGACCCUCCACAGCCUGUUUGAGCUGCGCACCUGUCUGCAGACAGGAAGCAUCCUGCUCGACCUGGAGGGCUACUCACUGCCGCAGAUCGUGG